AAGGCCUAUCUUUGUACCUCCUGGGCCAAGGGUCUCCCCAUCCUGAGAUCCCUGGUACACCCCCAGAGGCUGCUUCAGCAGGGCGUGGAAGGAAAGUGCUGCUGUUGACGCGUUUGAUGUGGCAAGGAUGCGAAUGUGCCUGAGUCACAGCACUGUCACAGAACAUGUUGCUUGCACUGUGCCCCCUGUCCCCGCUACCCUGCUUGUCACCCCAGUCCCCGGGACUAUUACCACAGAUUGAGUUUGAUAUGAGUAUUUGGAUUAUUUUUUUCCAAGCAUGAGCUGAUCAGGCCCCAUACAGGCCAGGAACCAGCAUCCAAGGUGGCUUCCAUCCUGACCUGGUGCUCACAGAAAUGACUAUGUCAGAGACAGGGGAAAAGCCCCUAGAGUGAUAGCUGUGAGGAGUGGGACAUUGGUGGGCGAGUAGUUGGCAGUCUUCAAGACUUCAGGGUUAUAGUAGAGACCUUGCUGGAUGAGAACUGUGUUUAGAGGCCACUAACCAGAUUGCAGGAAGACACAGGACCCAGUGAGGCAGAAGAAAGAGAAGUAAAAUGCAACAUAUGUAUUCCUGGUCUGAGGGUUUGGGAAUCAGAAAGCCCUGGAGUCUUGGGACAAGUUGCAAUUGUAUUUGGCUUCAAGAAGAUCCCUCUCUGAGCCUUGUUUUCCUCAGUGGUGCUCCAGACAGUAGUGAAGCUUAGGGUGCUGGGAGGACAUGGCCUUCUUCCCAUCAUCUCAGUGGUUCCUGUUUCUUUGGGAUCAGGCCAGAUUUAGGGGGCACACACCCAUAAUCUUUAGCCAUGAAACUCCAGAGGGGGCUUAGCCAAAAAAGAGAUACAAGAGCUUCUCUCCCCCAGUAUCUGCACCUCAAGUUCACUGGAACUGGGAGUCAAACACCAAUCUGGUUCCUUCUCUAGAAAUGCUGACCACAGUUGUACCUGGGGUUGAAUUCUUGAGCUGCUCCUGCCUCACGGACCAGCCAACCCUCUAAGGCUCAGGCAGCUAUACCCCUGGAAGUUUGGGUGACCAGUUCUUGUCCAUUCCUUCAUAAGUACCCAGAAGCUAUACAAUCAUGAUGCCAUUUGUCCUCAAGGAGUUACUAGGCCAAGGGAAGAGACAGAUAGCGAUGACAACCACUGUGAUGGGUGGCACUCUGAAGGUGCCUUUUCCAAAGUACAAGAGAUCCUAGCUAUUGAGACAGGCAGCACUCAUCUGCAGCUGAGAAAGCCUAUGUAUGAAACGAGCAGGGGGCAUUAUUUGGCCAGAUGAGUGGGGAAUAGGAGAAGAGGAAAGGACAGAGGUCUGGUUGGGCAAGGAGUCAGGGCUGGAGGUUAGACUGUGAAGCUACUCAGGUCUCAGGGUCCAAUGACUGGAUACAUAAAAGAGGCAAGUCCUUGUGGCUCAGCACCAGGAUCUGUAGACUGUCAACCUGGAAACCAUCAAAUACUGGAGCUUUCCCAGGAGCUCUGUUGUGCCCACAUUUCUUAUGUCCACAGUAAGUCCUCUAGAGAGAUGGAAGACCACAGUCAGCUCUUCCAUGAGAGUACCUUGAUGUGGCUUGUGCUGAUGGAGACAUGGUAGCUGAGGGAGUUGCCACUGUCUCCUAGUCUGGGAUGGGUUCAGGGACCUCAAGCUCGUCUGCAGCCUAGAGCUGACCCAGAAUUCCACUCCAAACUGAGCACCAAACAUACCAGGCCUGAGACUGAGUGUUGUGCCAGAUCAGCCAUCAUUUCAGAAGGUCUCUCCCCAGUAUUAGCUCCUAAGGUACUCCUCUGUGAAGGGAGAGGCAGCCUGAAUGACCUUGCCACUGAUCCUUCCACCUCCUAGCAGGCAACUCCAAACAGGCUACAGGAGCCACCCUGGGUGGAGAGAGGAGUUGCAGCAUCAAGAAGGAGCUCUAGCUGAACAUGGUAGUGCAUAUCUGUAACCCCGGUAUAUGAGGUAGCAGUGGUAUUGCUGCAAAUACAAGGCCAACCUCAGCUACAUGAGAGUCUGUUUCUACAACACCUCGGAGCAGGCCCUAGGUUCCCAUCUGGCUAAAAGGAGGGCCAGGUAGAGGGAUCCUUGCUGGAGCCAGUCAAUAACUUCUUGCUUACCUGGUAGGAAAGUUCCAGUCUUCCACUCUGAGCUCAGCUUUCCCUGAAAGCCUCAGCCCUUCCUUAGGCCCAGGUGUAACUGUUUCCAUUUUUGAAAUACAGUACAGGGGGUUCUUGGGCUUGGUUAAUUAUGCCACAAGUGAGAGAAGCAAUGAGAACCCCCGCCCUAGCACAAAGCUGGGUAGCAGCAGAAUUGCCUCUGUGGAGAUGUGCCUUCCACCAAAGGCAGGGGCCUGGAUGGGGGAUUUAGUCUGGCCUGGUUUCACCUACUUGACCUAAGUCUGGGAGGUAGGUAGUGGAUCGUGUACUUCUGCAAACGUGAGUUCCAGAGCUGCAGCGAGGGCCAGGAAGGAGCCCUGCAGAUGCCCGGGGCAUCCACGUGCAUCUCCCCCCACACGCCCCCAGCAACUCAGGCGCUCCACGUGCACACCCGCGGCUGGGAGCAUUUUCAGCCUAAAUCGGCACAGCUCUUGGAUUAUUUCUCCCCUGGCACCGCCUCCGCAGCCUCCUCCGGAUCCUAGCCAAGCGGGCGGCUUCUCCCCCUGUCUCUUCCUGUGGAGCUGGGUUUGCCGGAGCCACGGAUCAUCCCUCCUCCGCUCCACUGUGGUGCAGAAAGCCCAGCUGACCCCAACGAGCGCGGGCGCUGUCCAUGAACGUGCAAGGAAAAUGUCGAGCCCAGGUAUCGAUGGUGACCCCAAGCCUCCAUGCUUGCCUCGAAAUGGUCUGGUGAAGCUGCCUGGCCAGCCCAACGGCCUGGGUGCAGCCAGCAUCACCAAGGGCACACCUGCUGCCAAGAACCGCCCUUGCCAGCCACCACCCCCACCCACCCUUCCACCUCCCAGCCUGGCUACACCACUGUCCCGGGUUGCUCUGGCAGGGGGGCCAUGCCCCCCAGCCAGUGGACCAGCCUCAGGCCCAGUGCCUGGACCCCCAGUGGAGCGGCCACCACUGGCCACAGAUGAGAAGAUCCUUAAUGGGCUCUUCUGGUAUUUCUCAGCAUGUGAGAAGUGCAUACUAGCCCAGGUGUGCAAGGCUUGGCGGCGUGUGCUCUACCAGCCCAAGUUCUGGGCAGGCCUCACACCUGUGCUGCAUGCUAAGGAGCUGUACAACGUGCUGCCUGGAGGCGAGAAGGAGUUUGUGAACCUACAGGGCUUCGCUGCUAGAGGCUUUGAGGGCUUCUGCCUAGUUGGUGUUUCUGACUUAGACAUCUGUGAGUUCAUCGACAACUACGCGCUCUCUAAGAAGGGAGUCAAGGCCAUGAGCCUCAAACGUUCCACCAUCACUGACGCUGGCUUAGAGGUGAUGUUGGAGCAGAUGCAGGGAGUGGUGCGCCUGGAGCUGUCAGGCUGUAACGAUUUUACUGAGGCUGGCCUGUGGUCCAGCCUCAGUGCACGAAUCACUUCACUGAGUGUCAGUGACUGCAUCAACGUGGCGGACGAUGCCAUUGCUGCCAUCUCCCAACUUCUACCCAACCUGGCAGAGCUAAGCCUUCAGGCCUACCACGUGACUGACACUGCACUGGCCUACUUCACAGCACGCCAGGGCCACAGCACCCACACACUGCGCCUGCUCUCUUGCUGGGAGAUAACCAAUCAUGGGGUGGUCAAUGUGGUGCACAGUUUGCCCAACCUCACCUCACUCAGCCUCUCAGGCUGCUCUAAGGUCACUGACGAUGGAGUGGAGCUUGUAGCUGAGAACCUGAGAAAGUUGCGCAGCCUUGACCUCUCUUGGUGCCCCCGGAUCACUGACAUGGCACUAGAAUAUGUGGCCUGCGACUUGCACCGCCUGGAGGAACUCGUGCUGGACAGGUGCACACAUCCCUACACUCCAGGCCGGUGUGUACGCAUCACGGACACUGGCCUCAGCUAUUUGUCCACCAUGUCGUCCCUCCGCAGCCUCUACCUGCGAUGGUGCUGCCAGGUGCAGGACUUCGGGUUGAAGCACCUGUUAGCCAUGAGGAGUUUGCGCCUCUUGUCUCUAGCAGGCUGCCCGCUCCUGACUACCACGGGGCUAUCGGGCCUCGUGCAGCUGCAAGAGCUGGAGGAGCUGGAGCUGACCAACUGCCCUGGAGCCACACCGGAGCUCUUCAAGUACUUCUCGCAGCAUCUGCCGCGUUGCCUCGUCAUUGAAUAGCGCAGGCUUCCCCACCGGACGCGGGAACCAAGCCCUGGGCAGUAGCCCCUCUUCCAUCCCUGCCGGAGCACCACUCCUCAGCCCUGCGCUGGAGGCGGGGCAAGCUGAGGGAAACCCCGCCCCGUGCCUCCUUUGCUCCUCUGCUCCACUGCUCCAUCCCCGCUGGGGCAAGAGGCAGAGGGGCCAGCCCCACGCACGCACGCACACUCGGGGACUUUGUGCAUGCCCCUCGUGCCCGCACUGCACGUCCGCCCUCCACCAUGCCACAGCCGCCGCCAUCUCUCGCCCGCCUUCUGAGGAGGGGCUAGGUCCUUUGGGGAUGCUUUGAGUGCAGAAGCCCUCACUGCCUUCCCCAUUUCAUUCUGCUCUCUGCCUCCCCCGCUGUCCCCCAUCCCGGGCAGGGCCCAAGGGGAUGGAGGGAUUGGCCCCCAAGGACUCAGGGGCCUGGAAGAGCCCCAAGGGCCUCCCACAUCUUCCACUGCACCUCGCCUGGUGCCCUCCAAGGGGUAUAAGGCGUUACAGGCCACUGCCAAAGCCAUGGCCCCCUGAGGAGCCCAACUACCCCAUGCCCACCUGACCCAGUGGCUUCCCUUCUUCCUUGUGGCCAUAUGGGUCAGUUCUUGUCCUCUGUGCCCCCAUCUCCUUCUUUCCCCCUGGCCCUCAGAUCCUUGGGCCCUGGCCAGGCUGGGACAGCUUUAGGAGAAUGCAGACCUUGGAAUAAUCAACAUAACCCUAACUGGUGCCCAUCCACCCAAGUGCAAAGGUGGAAUAGGCACCUGACAGACCCCAAUCUGGAGCCACCCGAAAGGCUGUCAGGCCUUGGGAGCAGCCCACCCACUUCAGCCUCUACCCCAGCUGAGCUCAGGCCUCUCAGCACUAUGCUUCACCCUGGAUAGGUCUCCUCAGGUGGAAUCUGCAGAGGGCCUGGCCAAGGGUCAGGGUCAGCACUGAUCAGUAAUUCUGAUCUUCCAGGGGCCAGCACACCCUUCACACCCCAAGGAAGGAGGGCUCCUUUCUAGUCCUCCUUGGCCUUUCCCAACUUCCAAAUUUGCCUGUCCAAAUGGGCUGUGACCAUGUUUUGUCAGGUCCCAAGACAUUUGGAAGUCCUAGGGGAUCCUGGCAUAUGUGUGUCAGUGCUGAGGAAGGGACUGGGAACCCCUUCCCUCCCAACCUUGAGACCCAGGAGACACAGCACCCACAAUCAAUCUUGGGACAUCCCUAUCUGGUUGGAAGAGAGUAAUUAAUUCCCAGAGAGCCAGAGGGAGAGAGAGAGGAAGAGAGAGAGAAAGAGAGAGAGAGAGAGAGAGAGAGAGAGAGAGAGAGAGAGAGACGCUGUUGACAAAAAAGAGUUCAACAGCCCAAAGAGUUCCCUGCCCCUGAAGUGUUGGCCAGGGAGGCUCCAGGCUGAAGUGGUCAGGAGCCAGAUUCUUCAGCCCUUCUUCCCGCAGUCCCCCAACAGGGAGGGAGAAGUUGUCCAUUUGCCCAAAGUAUUAAUGCAACUGAAGCUGUGAUAUUUCCAAUGACUGUAGGAGGAAAAUUUAAGGGGAGAGAGGAACACAAACAAAAUCAACCAACCCCUAAAGUCAUUUUCUUAUUGUACAUAACGACCUCAUUCUCCUGUAUAUGCGGAAGAUAUAACCUUAUAUUUGGUAAGUGUUUCUUGUGCUAUUUUAUCACGUGACCUGUUUAUAAAAAUAUAUAUUAAAAAAGUUGUAAAAACACGA